AUGGCGACUGCAUUAAUAAGGUGUAUAAUUUUAUUCCUAUUAUCAACAUGUGUGAUCGCUGAUGAAAUAGAGUUGGAAGCGACGAGUGGAGUUGUACUAAAAAUGCUUAGAGAGAUGGCAAACCAGACCAGCGCUGACACACUAAAUUUGCCUGCAAACGCUACAUCUAUUAGAGAAAAUAUUACCGAUACGUUUAGCUGCGAGAACAGAGUGUACGGAUAUUACGCGGACGUUGACAACGACUGUCAGAUCUUCCACGUUUGUCUCCCGUCACAGACGCAGUCAGGAAGAAACGUCACCUACCGCUGGAGCUUCAUCUGCCCAGCUGAAACAGUUUUCAACCAGGAAGUAUUGGUCUGUACAAGGCCAAUAGAUUCCAUCCCCUGCGAGGAUUCACCUGCAUACUAUGACCUAAAUAUGGAAAUAGGGAAAGUUGCUGACAAGAAAGAAGAUAUGCAAUCCAUAAACCAAACUGAAACAAACACAAAUAAGAAUGAAGUAAAGGAAACAGAAAACGUGACGGUCAAGAACCAAAAGCGGUUUCCCAGUCGCAAGAAGCAAAAUAUGGUUGAAAGACUUAUAGAAAAAGCUGUAGAAGAAAUGAACAAAAUGGAGGAUGAAGUUACCGACACAGGUGAUAUUGAAAGUGAUGAUAUGAAUACGAGUGCUAAUAUUGAAAUGACGCAGCCAGAGGAAGUAGUAGAAAUGAAACCUGAGGUACCAGAAAUGGAAGCCACAUUUGAAGAUUCUAGAUUAGGAACGGAAAGAAGUUUGAGAACAGGACGACAUGGCUGGAGAGGGUCCUAUAGAUACAGAAGCAAUCAAUACUAA